GUAUGCUCUCGGAUGUCUCUGGGUAAGGAAAAAUGGGAAAAUGCGCGCCGAGGGUUGUUCUCUCUGGAGGGGUGGACGCGAGAAUAUGCCAGUGGCAACUGGAAGCAGACGGGAUUCAGGAGCACCCUCUCUCUCUCUGUGAGGGAAGAAGAUGCUGUGCCACAGACAGUAUGUGAUUGUUAGCAGUUGCUGGCGGACUCUCUACGCGCAUUCACUUCCUGGACGCUCUACCGUGUGCACGCGUGAUCAGUGAAACAAUGACCAUGGACAUUGCCAAUCAAGUGAAGAGUACAGUGAUGAGUGAGGAGCACGUCACCAAGGCGCCCAGCAAGCGCUCCUUCGACGUGGCCUUCCUCAUGCUGCCGGACGAGAAGCUGAAGCAGAAGCAGGACAAGCAGGCCAAGCUGGAUGAAUAUCCCACGCACCAGAUCUCCGUGAAGAACGACCUCUUGCUGCGCCAUCCGCCGCCGGAGGCCUUCGAUCAGCGCCGGGAGGAGACAGAGGAGAUAGACAUCGUCUCCAAUGGCGUGAACAACAACAAUCACAGUCCUCCGGAUCACAUGAGGCACUUCAGGUAUCACUCGCUGCCGAUGGGCAGACUUCCGCGCAUCUACGAUGAUCCAACCAUCCUGCCGACGCCGGAGGACGCCCACAGGAGCGCAUUCACGAAGGUGCCCCACUUGAGGGACUCCCCGAAUCCGCCGCUCUCGCCAGAUCAGCUCAGCUGUCCGUCAAUCAGCCCGCCAGUGUCCGUGAGUCCGCCUCGGCCGUAUCCGCCGGCGGCCUUUCGACCGACGGACUACGCCUUCACAUCUCCCACUCACAUGUCCUCACCCGCCAGCCCCACGAAGAUCAAGCAGCAGUUCAUGUAUCGUCCUGGGCAGGAGCUUCCACCCCAGUACCUCCCUUCUGCCUCGUUUCCCUUCAACGCCGCGCCGCAUCCCUUCAUACAGCAGCAAUCGGAGAUCGCGGGCAUUGUCCGCAAUCCGGCAGCCGCCGCCAUCCUGUCCACACUCAUCCCGCCCACGCUGGCCUCCACAUUCAGCCUCACGGCCCAGAAUGUGUGCGCCAAGUGCAACAUCAGCUUCCGGAUGACCAGCGACUUGGUGUAUCACAUGCGCUCGCAUCACAAGAACGACAUGACCGGUGAUCCCAUGAGGCGCAAGCGGGAGGAGAAGCUGAAGUGUCCAGUGUGCAAUGAGAGCUUUAGGGAGAGACACCACCUCACCAGGCACAUGACGGCUCAUCAGGACAAGGAGAGCGACGACGCGGAGGCGCCAAAUGCUGUCCAGGCGACGCCCGGAAGCAGCUUUGAGCUGCACCAAGUCACUGCCCACCAGGCGAGGAGGCAGCAUCACAAGACCCACUGAAAGUGGUGGCUCUAAAUUCAACUGGCCUAAGUCCGGGCGGG